AUGCUUGAAUAUCAGGAGUCAGGAGUGAAAACGACAUCAGGUCACCGGAUUUCCUUUUCAAUUCUUGACAUUUUGGAUCCCAAAAAGUUCACAAGUAAAAAGACAGAUAACAAAGGCUCAUCGCCUUUAGAAAACACCGAAUUUGGAAGUUUAGAGGAACAGCGCACCGGCAAAGAAAGUCCUGGACAUGGGGAGCCGCUUCUCUGCAAAAAUAUCGGUGAUCUUUCAGCUAAAGAGCAUCAAAGUUUAGUUAGGCUGCAUCCGCCUGAUCCAGAUAUUGACUCGGACUCUGUAGACCCUCCAGGAACCUUAAAAUCGGACUUUUCUCCGUGUGAGGACCCAGAUGAGGCAGGUGAAGAGAGAAUAACUCCAGCAUCAGAUGAUUUGUCAUGCCAGCGGCGUCGUCGGUCCGAUCACAGUUGUGCAAAGCCACGCCGUGCCAGAACCGCGUUUACGUACGAACAGCUGGUGGCUCUGGAGAACAAGUUCCACACAACCCGUUAUUUAUCCGUGUGCGAGCGACUAAAUCUCGCACUUUCCCUGAGCCUGACCGAAACUCAAGUCAAGAUUUGGUUCCAGAACCGAAGAACCAAAUGGAAAAAGCAGAAUCCUGGUGCUGAGAGUUCCCUGCCACCCGGCACAAACUCCUUGCCCAGCAUCAGCUCGACAUGUGGAUCCACACCUGCCCUCUACCCUCCGUUCAGCACCGGGAACGUGAUCUUUCAUUCCGCUGGUCCGGUUCACCUGGCAUCCUCUGGUGGACUCUUGCAUCCCUUUUUGGCCGAUGGCUUUCUGCAACCACCAUUUUUCCCCACACAUUUAUGAAGUCUGGAAGAGGAAAUGAUCAUAGACUACUUGUAAAUGUGAAUUUACAGCUAAACCUUGUACAUCGGACUUAUGAGUGUUUUAUGAUCCCCAGGACGAGAUUUGUUUGGAUCAGAUUGAAGUUUCAGACACUCCGUCAUCAUGUUCAUUGUGUAAAUUUCAAGAUUGCUGUUUUUUCUUUUAAUUUAUUUUCAGAGACUUCAAGGGCGAAGUUCAGAUGGAUCAAACCGACCUAAUGAAUGAUAAAUCUCAAAGAUCUGCUCACAUGAGAAUACGGGGUUUGAGACAGCUCUUGUGAUGGGUGUAUAGCUUCUGGUUCCUUUUGAACAUAAAAGCAGUCAUGUCAGCAUUGAACUAGGCUACUGUGGAUGAAUAAUAUCAAAUUCUGACUGAACUUUCAAUUAAAGACAUUGAUGUGUAUUACAGUGUGUAAAAGCAUAUUGAGGUCAUAAUAACAUAAAAACAGACUGAAGGUCAUUUCUUGAUUUUAUCUGACUCAUAGACACAGAUUAAU